GGCAGAUCUGAAUCGCAGGCCACGGUGUGGCUCGUCUGCAGCGUACUACUCACCACUAUGAUCGCGUCUCUACCGCCUGAGCUCAACGACCAUAUCCUCGACUAUCUACACAAGGACAGCCGUUCCCUCGGUGCAUGCGCGCUGACGUGUCGUGCAUGGUUGGCCACAGCGCGCUACCAUCGUUUCCGCGACAUCCGCGUUGAGACCGAUGCAAAGCUCACGGCACUUCGGGACCUUGUUGCACCUUCGCCGGCAUUAGGCCUCGUCGUCAGAAGGCUACGGAUAUACAACUCGAUUUCCCCGUUACGUUGCUCUAAAUUUCCAUCGCUUCCGACCCUCACCACGCUCGUGCUCUGUGGUUGCGGCUUCCGCCUUGGCGACCUCGCCGGUAUCGGUGUCAAACUUCCCGCUCUGCAAGAGCUAAGCAUGUCAUUAUGUGGCGUGGAUUUGGACGCGCUCGCCGAGUUCUUGUCAUCCAUCAGCGGUCUGACAAUCUUCUCAUUGGCCCAAUCAUAUCUUAUCCGGCCACUGUAUGACGGCGUACCCGUCGUGGGGCAUUUGGACUCUCUCCGCACGUUGCGUCUGGAUUUUAGUGGUUUACCGCGCGGAAAGCGCACGUACUACGGCCCUGUGGAUUGGUUCGUGAGUACGCUCCAGCCACAGCAAAUCCAAACGCUCCAUGUCAUUCAUCUUGCCGACCCGCGACCUAUCCCGGUCCAACCGCUCUUCGAUACCUUCGGCCCGGGCAGUUUGGAACAUCUGUUUCUUGGCUUGUACUUCUUUUCAGACGCUGCAACGAUUGGAUUUACGCUAGAGCCCUGCGUCAACUUGCGCACGAUAGAGCUCGGCCAUUUCACGAAUCAGGAGAGCGACCCGAGGGUUCUGAAGUGGCCCAGCGUGCUCAUUUCCCAGCUCGACUCUCCUUCCCUCGAAACGUUAACUCUGACGAUGGGCACUCGACCAUUAUCGCCGCGGAGUAACUGGCAGUUCAAAGACUUUCGAGCGUUAGAAUGGCAAAGCAUCGUCUCUACCCUCCGACGCCCUACUCUCCAGAAUCUAAAGGAAUUCAGGAUACAUGGCCGAGGUGAUAAAGCGUCACUGGAGGCCCAUCUAAAGGAGAUGUGUCGAGAUGCGUACGAGCAAGGGCUAUUCCGGUUGGUACAGCAAGACUGAAUGCGUGGCGUCCUGUACUGCGCAUCGAUUUUCAUGGGCGCAGGACGAGUCCGAGGUCGUGCUCACAUUGCCGCAUCCGAUCCCGAAGCUGUCAGAUGUGUUCUUUGUUAUUGUACCCCAGACUGUCAUUUCUCUACCGGGUCGUCACCUUUCCUACUCUGUCAUGCAGCGCGUAUACUCUUCACAUUCUACAAGUAUCUC